AGCUUUCAAUUUAGCCCCAAAAUAACAAAUACUAGUUAAAAAAAGAAAAAGAAAUCGAAAACAAGCAUCUUUGCAGUUGCUGGCGGGCAAUCAUAGCUUUGAGAAGAGAAGAGAAGAAACACAGCAUUUCCCUCCCCACCGCUUUCGUUAGCUUCAAUCAGAGCGGCUUCAGCCUUUUCAUUGAUGUGGGAGGGACAAUUAAAUACGUUGAAGAAUUAAAUUCAUUCUACUAUGGCUUUUUCCAGUUAUCAACUUUUUUUUUUUUAGGUCAAGGAAGGUUGUCCCUUUUUCUUCUGUUUGCUUCUUGGGUGCUAGAACAAUGCCUCGAAAAGUUAAUUGUGGAAUUGAUUAUGAUGAUGGUUAUGAUGAUGAUUUUGAUGACUACGACUAUGGAUAUGAUGUAGAAGAAAAUGUGAAAGAACCUUCUCUGCAAGACACUAUCAAACGUGGUGUGUGGCGUUGCUCCGUUUGUACUUAUGAUAAUGAUGAUACCAUGUCAUCAUGUGAUAUUUGUGGCAUUCUUCGCAGUCCAUCAGUCAGUAAUGGCACCUAUGAUGAGAAGAGAACAGUUCAUGGCAUAUGCAAAGUUUCUGGAGUAUCUAUUAUGGCCAAGUCUCUUUUCGCAUCAAGGCCGCAUCAGAUGUCCAAAAAAGAAGUAGAUUCUCAACAACAGAAUGAUGAUUUUGUGGUGAAAGAGAACAAUAACUUCCACAUGCUUGGGAAUAACCAAGGACAAUUUCAUGAAUUUCAUAAGGCUUAUAGUUCUCCUACCCAUUCCCGUAUUAAUAUAGCCCCUUUUAAGUUUGAUGUUCCAUCUCCAGAUGACUUGGUUUCCAAUGGUCUGCAUUCAUCUGCACAGCAUUCAAAAGCCAAGAUUUUUGACUUUAAAUCUUCCAGAGCUCCCUCUAGGGGGGUUGGGAAGAAUGAGGCAGUUAAAGUACUAUCAAGUGCUAAAAGUUCAGAUAGCUCACAUGACUCAACGGGAAAAGACAAGCACGAUGGGAUUAUCUUCUCAAAGAAUCUAGAAAUCAAUACAUCAUCAGGUUUCAAAGCUUCAGAUAAAUCUUCUGCUUCAAUGGCAAAAGGCAGAGUUGAAGAUUCAGAUGGAAGAAGUGUUUCUAUUAAUUUGUGUUCUAGUGGUCAAAGCUCAUCAUCAUUGAUGCCAAAAGAAAGAACUGAUAUGGUGGAAGAUGGAAGCUCUUUAACGCAUGGAGGUGAGGGACAUCUCACUAGUAAUCUGAAAAACAUGACUUUGGGUGCUAAAUCUGGGAACUCAAAAGAUAUAAAAGCAAAUUCACGUGCACAGUAUAAGCCUGAAAAGUGGAUGUUCCCUGAAAAAGCAGAAGGUUCACUGACUCAACUAAAUCUUGCAAUUGUUGGGCAUGUUGAUUCUGGAAAAUCAACACUCUCUGGUAGACUGCUUCACCUUUUGGGACGAAUAUCCCGAAAAGAAAUGCACAAAUAUGAAAAGGAGUCCAAAUUGCAGGGAAAAGGAUCCUUUGCUUAUGCUUGGGCAUUGGAUGAGAGUGCGGAAGAAAGGGAAAGGGGAGUCACCAUGACUGUGGCUGUAACUUAUUUGGAUUCAAAAAGAUAUCAUGUUGUUGUCCUUGACUCCCCAGGGCACAAAGAUUUUGUUCCAAAUAUGAUAACUGGGGCAACACAAGCUGAUGCUGCAAUUCUUGUUAUAGAUGCCUCUAUUGGUUCAUUUGAAGCUGGUAUGGAUGGCACAAAGGGACAGACAAGGGAGCAUGCACAACUCAUCAGAAGUUUUGGUGUUGAUCAAAUUAUAGUUGCAGUUAACAAGAUGGAUGCUGUAGAGUACUCUAAGGAUCGAUUUGAUUUGAUAAAAUCACAGCUUGGGACAUUUCUCCGCUCUUGUGACUUUAAGGAUUCCUCAGUCACAUGGAUUCCGCUAAGCGCUGUUGAGAAUCAGAAUUUAGUAGUUGCACCUUCUGAUCUUCGUCUAUCCUGGUAUCAUGGACCUUAUCUAUUAGAUGCAAUUGAUUCCUUCCAGCCUUCUAGCAGAGAUUUUUCAAAGCCCCUACUUAUGCCUAUAUGUGAUGUUAUAAAAUCUUCACAAGGGCAGGUGUCUGCCUGUGGCAAGUUAGAGGCUGGAGCUGUUCGAAGUGGAUCAAAGGUUUUAGUCAUGCCAUCUGCAGAUAUAGCAACCGUGCGUUCCUUAGAGCGUGAUUCCCAGACUUGUUCAAUUGCAAGAGCUGGAGAUAAUGUAGCUAUCAACCUGCACGGGAUAGAUGGAAAUCAUGUGAUAGCUGGUGGUGUGUUGUGUCAUCCUGAUUUUCCAGUUGCAUUUGCAAAACAUUUGGAGUUGAAGGUGCUUGUUGUGGAUGGUGCAACACCAAUUUUAAUGGGUUCUCAGUUGGAGUUUUAUGCACACCAUGCAAAGGAAGCUGCAAGAGUUGCAAGGAUAUCAUCAUUGCUUGAUUCAAAGACUGGGAAAGUCGCAAAGAAAGCACCUCGCUGUAUUGUUGCUAAGCAGAGUGCAGUUAUUGAGUUGGUUUUGCAGGAAUCAAUUUGCAUUGAAAUGUUCUCGAAAUGUAAAGCCCUUGGAAGGGUGUUUCUUAGAACAUUAGGAAGAACAGUUGCUGUGGGGGUCGUGACCCGAAUAGUUGAGGAGCUGGUAUAGUUUGAAGCUAAGACUGAAGACGGUUGUGUACUAAUUCAAGGCUGACAGUGAUUAUAAAAUGAGUAGAAGGCAAUUCAUUUUGUGCACUGGGGUGCAGGCUUAUGCAUCUAAAA